GCGACUUAGCUAUGUAUAGCCUGGCACAAAACAAUACACGGAUCAAAUCCCGUUUACCAGUUCUAUUUCCAUAGCUGCCUAGAUCACAUGUCACUUCAGAAUCCAAACACAAAAAUGUCUUACUACAGAAAUCCCGAGGGUGGUCCAAACUUGUUAAUUCUGCACAAAAACGAAUGGAAACGACUGAAACAGCAAGCGGGUCCUCCGGUGACCCCGACACAAGCGCCACUGAAGAACGCUUAUAUAGAAUCUAUGAUAGAGAAAUCACAAGCGUGGAUUAAGACUUGGCCAGACACAGUACAAGGCUGCGUUGCAAAUGCUGAAACUAAAAGGGAAAAGCAACGGGCGGAAAGAAUUGCUCUCGCGAAAGCAUUUGCAAGGAAGAAAAUAAGUAAAAAGAAUACAGAUGCCGUACAAAAGGCGAAACAAAUGAUCUUUGAGGAAGGCUGUUUAUGGUAA